AUGGCUGCUACAACCUUUAAACUCAAUGGAAACACGGAUAAGCAUACCAAAGAUAUAUUGGUUAUGAGGUUUACAGGGCAGAUAAAAGGAUGGUGGGAUAAUCUCCUUAGUCCUGAAGACAAAACCCAAAUUUACUUAGCUUUUAAAACAAAAUCUAAUGAAUCUACUUGUGUUGAAACUCUCUUGUACGCUAUUACCAAGUUCUUUGUAGGAGAGCCUCUAAAGCUCCACCAAAGAGCAACAUACCAAUUACUUACUCUUUAUUGUCCAACCAUGUCUGAUUGUAGAUGGUAUAGAGAUAUGUUUCUUUCUAAACUCUACCUUAGGUCAGAUGGUGUUGCUGAUUAUUUGAAAGAAAGAUUUAUUAGUGGUUUACCUAGAUUAUUUGCUGAGAAGGUUAAGACAAAUAUUAAACAAAAUUUCAACGAGAUUAUUCAUUAUCAGUCCUUUACUGUGGGUGAAUUAUCCAAUUAUGUUAUUGAAACUGGUAUACAAAUUUGUACAACCUACAAACUUCAAAAUAAGUUUAAAAAUGAAAAAAUGAGUAAUAGGCGCGAAAUGGGUUCAUUUUGUGAAUAA